AUGGAUUUCCGUUCGCUGCUCGCCGCCCUUCUCGGCGUUUUCGGCAUGUUCAGCCUGGCGCAGGUAAGAGGGGAGUUCAUGUAGCGCGGAGACUUUACAUAACGAGUCUUUCGGCCACAAGGUUCGUUAUCCACAAAUUUCCAUCGGUUAGAUUUUUUUGGGAAGUGUUCAAAGUGCUUUUUUAUCAACUUUUGUCCACAUUUUCAGUCUUGGCCACAUAUCAAUUCCUUAAAGUUAUUUUUUUGAGAAGCAGCUUGAGUUUAGAUACAAUCUUUUGACAGACAAGUGCUCAGACAUUCAUUUCCAGAAAUUUCCAUCGAUUAGAUUUUUUGGGAAGUGUUCAAAAUUCGAAGCCCGGCUUUUUUUCAAAUUUUGCCCACAUGUUUCAUCUAGGCCACAUAUAAAUUCUUUAAAAUUUUAGCUCGCGCUUGGCAGACACAGCCGAGAUAUUCAACGCCUUCUUGAAGUUUUGGUAGACUUUUUGACAGGCAAGUGCUCAGAUUGCGACGUUCCUAUUCUCUUCAAAUUUUGCCCGCAUAUUCUGAUAGGACCUCAUUUCAAUUCCUCAAAAUUUUACCUCGCGUUCUUCGGCUACAUCUGAAAUAUUCACCAAUUUUUGCGGAAAUGAGAUUGUCGAAAAUGAAGAGGGUGGUCAGAGAGAAAAUAAAAAAACGUGUGUCGGCCAUAUCUUUGUGAAUCUUGGGCGGAAAGCAACAUUUAUCCGCGCAAAAUUCACAAAGAUAAGGACGAAAUCUUUUUUAUUUUCUCUCUGUCCAUCCUCCUCAUUUUCAGCAAUCUCUCACCUGCAAAAAAUCAGUGAAUAUUUCAGCUGCACCCGAAGAACGCAAGGUAAAAUUUUGAGGAAUUGAUAUGAGGUCCUAUCAGAAUACGUGGACAAAAUUUGAAGAGAAUAAGAACGUUGCACUCUGAGCAUUUACCUAGGUUUCAAGAAAGUAGUGGUUGAAUAUCUCGGCUGUCGCUGCAAAGCGCGAGCUAAAAUUUUAAGGAAUUGAUAUGUGUCCAAUACUGAGAAUGUAGGCAAAAUUUUGAAAAAAUACUGAGCCUCGAACUUUGAGCACUUCUCAAAAAAUCUAAUCGACGGAAAUUUCUGGAAACGAAUGUCUGAGCACUUGCCUGUCAAAAGAUUAUAUCUAAAUUCAAGUUAUUUCUCCAAAAAAUUAAACUUUCAUUCUCAAAUUAAUUUUUAACCCAUCCAUGAUUCAAAAGACCGACUAAAGGCCUCGUAUUUUACCAACCCAUUCUUUCAGUCCCUUCCGCUGGCCGAGCGGAACAUGCUGGUCCUCCGUCUGGGUCCGGAGACCUACGGCCAAGUCCCACUGGAUCAGAUUCAAGUGGGGCGACUGGAGAAGCGUGCCGUCAAACGAGAGCGGAUUCUGGACUCGCUGGGUGGAGAUUAUUUGAUCCGAAAACGGACCGUAUUUUAG